AUGAAAUUUGCAACCUAUAUGCUGGAGGGAGAAGCUGAACACUGGUGGCAUGGAGUGCAACGCUUGUUAAGGCAGGUGGUGGAAGAGAUUGACUGGGAUACUUUUAAGGAGGAAUUUUACAAAAAGUACUUCCCUAGAACUGUUCGUGAUGCUAAAGAAAUGGAACUGAUGCAGUUGACGCAGGGGAAUAUGUCAGUAGCAGAAUAUACUCGAAAAUUUGAGGAUUUGUGCCGAUUCUCUAAGAUCUGUCAGGGUAACCCAGAUGAUUUUGAGGAAUGGAAGUGUUUGAAGUACGAAGGAGGACUCUACGAAGAACUAAUGCACUCGUUGGUACCACUGCAAAUACGAAAUUUUGCAGAGCUUGUCAAUAGGAGUCAGUUGGUGGAAGACUAUACCAAGAAGGUGGCGGCAGCAAAGAUGAAUCGUCAAGAAUUACCUCCGAAAAAUUUUAAUCGGUAUAUAGCCCCUCAGGGAAGGAACUUUAAAAUGAAUAGGACACUUUCUUAUGGGAAUCAGCAAGCUAGUAAUCUUCCUGCUCGUGACAAUAUCGAUAGGCAAGGACGAGAUACUGGAAAGCGACCACAGCCAGCACUAACAAACCUUGUUUGUAAUCAGUGUGGGAAGAACCAUGGUAGGAAUCCAUGUCGAUUGGGUUCGAGCAUUUGUUAUUUUUGUGGUAUGCCUAGACACAUAGCGAGGAAUUGUGAGAAGAAGAUUGCUCAAGAUUCAGCUAAAUCUCAACAGCCAGGAAGAGUAUUUACAAUGAUGACUUAA